CCCCGGCCGAGAAAGCGAAAGCGAACGCGAGAGCCGCCGCGGUUAGAAGAAAGAGCGAGAGCAGAGGCAGGCCGAGCGAGAGAGGGAGCCGAUGGGGUGCAUCUCCUCGAAGCUCCUCCCGCCGGGGCCCGGCGGCGACGGCAGGCGCGCCACGGUGCGCGGCCGCGUCGACCACGUCGUCUCCCUCACAUCCACCACCUACGGCGUCCUCGACCUCCACCCCAAGCACGGCGCCGCUGCCGCCGCCGCGGCCGCACCUGCCGCUGCUCCCGAAGAGAAGGAGCAGCCGCCGCCGCCGGUGCCGCAGGACAAGCCGAUAAGCAAGGAGUGGAAGCGCGCCAGCAUGCGCCCGCCGCCGCUCGUCGUCCCGGCCGCUGAGAAGAAGCCGCCGGCGGCGGGGAAGCCGGAGUCUGGCCUGGAGGUGAUCAACGCGUGGGAGAUCAUGGCCGGGCUGGAGGAGGACGCCGAGGCCGCCGCGGCCGGGUCGCCGGCGAAGAAGCCGUCCAAGCCGGGCCGGUGGUCGCCGGCCAGGGUCCUCGCCAUGGCCCUGCCGUCGCCCAAGAGGUCGGCGGCGAGGCGGAAGAACACGCCGGGGAAGGAGAACAGCCCGCUCCAGCGCUGCUCGGGGAACAACAACGGUAACAAGGAAAAGCCCGGCGACGUCGACAGCGACAGGGUGCUCCGGCCGUACAAUUCCAUCGACAACUCCAAGCUGUCGAUGGCGUCUAGGAAGUUCUCCCCGGGGAGCGCUCGGAUCGUCCGCAAGCCCGGCGCCGCCGAGACCGGCGGUGGCGGCAAUGGCAUGUCGUCAUCGCGGCGCAGCCUGAGCCCGCUGUUCGACCCGGAGCUGCUCGCGUCCAUCGAGCGGGAGCUGUCGGAGGAAGGCGCCCACAUCAAGCGGAUGGUGGGGUCCGAGAAGCCCAAGCACCCGAAGGCGGCGCCGCCGGCGAUUGUGGCCGAGGGCAAGUGCCCGCCGGGGGGCGCCGACGCGGUCGUCCUCUACACCACCACCCUCCGCGGCAUCCGCAGGACCUUCGAGGAGUGCAACGCGGUGCGCGCGGCGAUCGAGGCCCACGACGUGAAGGUGAUCGAGCGCGACGUGUCCAUGGACUCGGGCUACCGCGAGGAGCUGCGGCUGCUGCUGGGCGGGCGGGAGGUGCGCGUGCCCGCCGUGUUCGUCCGCGGCCGGCACGUCGGCGGCGCCGCGGAGGUGGCGAGGCUGGAGGAGGAGGGCAAGCUGAAGGCGCUGCUGGAGGGCCUGCCCCGGGCGCGGGUCUGGUGCGCGGGCUGCGCCGGCGUGCGCUUCGUCAUGUGCCGCGACUGCAACGGCAGCCGCAAAGUGCUCGACGCCGAGCGCAGGGAGACGGUCCAGUGCGGCGAGUGCAACGAGAACGGCCUCGUCCGGUGCCCGAUCUGCUCCUGAAUCGCGGCGGGAUUCUCUCUGCGAGAUGGGUUUGGGGGUGGUGGAUGCGGCGGCGAUUGGUGGUGUGGAAGUCUGUUGUGGAUUUGCUGUGUUGCAUUGGGUUGAUCUGCCUGUCUACCCCGCUGGUUUCGAUUUUGCGAUGCGAAGUGCUUGUUGCUCUCGUCAACAAGCUGCCGUUGUAUUAUGGACUGAUUCAUAUUGUUACGUAGGUAGUUUAAUUCCCUAA